AUGGCCAGAACUCCAAAAAAGGCUGCUGGUGCUGCAAAACACUCUCCUUCCAAGCCAUCUGUUGCUAUUCAUCCUGCAGAUAAUGUGGAAAAUAAUCCUGUUUGUACAGACAUUGUAGAUCCUGAAUCAUCUCAAUCGGCUGCUUUUGCUCUCGGUCUGAUCUCGGCUAAUCUAAAACGAACUCAUGCUCUAUUCAACGACCCUCUUGUCGUUCAAGUCCCUAUUGAUCCUCCUAGUCAACGCACUAAGCUUGCUUCAAAGAUCUUGGAUGAAUGGUGUCAUGUAGCCGAGCUGCCAGCUGCAAUUGCUUCUCAGAAUCAAUCUAAACCAAAACUUAAAUCGGGUCAAAGUGCUCUUGUUGAUAAUCAAGAUACUGCUGUGGGUGAUAUGAUUGAUUCCAUUACUACUCGUCCAAACAACGUUUCUUCAUCCAAUGUACCAUCUGGUGUAGUUGCACUUCGAUCACAACUCCCUUCGUUUACCCAAUCCUCCAAUACCGGAACCACUGCUCUUAUUCGCAUACAGCAAGGACGCAAGAUACCUACACCUACCUGGCAUGCACCUUGGAAACUUAUGCGGGUCAUCAGUGGACAUACUGGCUGGGUGCGUUGUAUUACUGUGGAUUCAAGUAACGAGUGGUUUGUUACAGGUGCUGGCGAUCGUAUGAUUAAGAUCUGGGAUCUAGCAUCAGGUACUCUUAAGCUCUCGCUUACUGGUCACAUCUCUGCUGUGCGUGGUGUUGCAGUAUCACCACGCCAUCCGUACCUGUUUUCAGCUGGUGAGGAUAAACAGAUCAAGUGCUGGGAUUUAGAAUACAACAAGGUCAUUCGUCACUACCAUGGCCAUCUGAGUGGCAUUUACACGCUUUCUUUACAUCCUACUCUGGAUGUUUUAGUCACUGGUGGUCGUGAUUCAAGUGCUCGUGUUUGGGAUAUGAGAACAAAGGCACAAAUUUUUGCACUUACUGGCCACACAUCGACCGUUUCAGCUGUUGAAUGUCAAGAAGCAGAUCCACAAAUCAUUACAGCAUCGACAGAUUCAACCAUUCGUCUAUGGGAUUUGGUAGCAGGAAAGACCAUGUCAACACUCACUCAUCACAAAAAAAGUGUGCGAGCACUUGCACUUAAUCCAACCGAAUUUACAUUUGCAAGUGGAAGCACCGACUACAUCAAGCAAUGGAGAUGCCCACAAGGCAAUUUCAUUCAAAACCUUGAAGGCCAUAAUGCGAUCAUCAACACGCUUAGCUGUAAUCAAGACAAUGUUUUAUUUUCAGGUGCAAAUAACGGAUCCAUGUAUUUUUGGGACUGGAAGUCGGGGUAUAAUUUUCAAACAGCACAAUCACCUGUUCAGCCUGGAUCUUUGGAUAGUGAAGCUGGUGUAUUUUGUUCGACAUUUGAUCGAUCUGGAUCACGGUUGAUUACAGGCGAAGCUGACAAGACCAUCAAAGUAUGGAAGGAAGAUGAGCAAGCAACACCCGAAACUCAUCCCAUUCGGGAUUGGAAACCAAGAUUAAACAUGGGUCGAUGAUGAUUAAAACAAUGACUUUGCGUUACAAAUGAAAUCCCAAUUUUUA